AUCCAAAUGCAGCUUUUUAAUUUUUUAACCUCUAAAAUAGAAGUGUAAUGAAAGUCGUGGUAAUGAUAAUAGUAAAUUUGUUGGAAGUAUGAAUAUUUUAUGGCUGCAAUUUUAAAUGAUCCGUCAAAAACGAAUUUUCCUGUUGGCCUUGGGAUUUUUACUAUUAUUUUUAAUAACAACUAAUUACGUCUGGAUUGCUUUACCUAAUAAUGAAAAUGAGGUUAAAAAAGUACAAUCUAUUGAAGAGAAAAUAUAUUCUGAAAUGAAAAAACUACCCGAUAUUUACAAAUUCAAAUCUAUCAUUUCGGAUAGAGGAACAGAUAUAUUUUUGAAAAAUAUCAGAGAUGUUGAAUCGGCUUUAGAUGAAAAAAGCUUGAAGGAAUUGUGGAGGGAAGCUAACUCUUGGGUUUCUAAAACGCAGUUAGUAAAUGCGAGCAGCCCAAAUUUGGGAAAAAUACAAUUCGCACUAAAGCAUGCUAAAAUCAUCAAAGCAGACGUAGAUACUCGAGGCACCCAACUGAAGAUCCUUCUCACUCUACAAGGGAACCAAUUGGUGGUGUUCAAACCGAAAUGGUAUGAUAAAACGAAGAUAGUGGAAGGUCCAGUUUACGCAGGGAAGGAUCGACAUGCUUCUGAAAUCCUCGGGUUUUAUCUCUCGAUAAUAUUAAAGAAACCUUUGUGUCCUAUAAGCGUAGAAAGGCAAAUAUCGCUCAAGAACGAUGUUCUACCUGUUGCCACGAAGAGUUUGCUAGAAACUUCCUACAUUAGAAACAACAACACUUGUGUGUAUGGAAAGUGUUUUUUCUGUAAGGAAACUGACCCGGUAUGUGAUAACAAUUCGUAUUUGAGUGGGGCUGUGAUUUUUAACUUCAACGCAACUCUGGCUACUCAUAGGUCUCCUUGGCAGAGGACGUAUAAGAAAGGAAAAAAAGCUCUGUGGCAGGUGUUCCCUGAGAGCUACUGCAAAACAGUUAAAGAAAGAAUAUCUGAAAAACGCUUGCAUGACCUGAUAGAUAUAUCCAUUUUUGAUUUUCUUAUACAAAACGGGGACAGGCACCAUUACGAAACUCUCGAUGAUACUGUGCUUUGGCUAGACAAUGGUAAAGGAUUAGGGAAUCCAAAUACCCAUCACAUCGAUAUCCUAGCCCCUCUGUACCAGUGUUGCAUUUUGAGAAGAGAGACCUGGAAGACUCUUUUGAAGUUGACAGGGGGAACUAUUAGGGAACAUCUGGAGAUGAUCCCUGGUGUCAAAGCUAUGGUUACGGAAGACCAUUUAAGAGCUAUUGAACAAAGACUUUUGAUUGUAUUCGCCACAACUGAAUAUUGUAGACACUUUAAACAAUCUGAACACUAUUUAACGUGAUACAAGUUUUUCUAGAUUUUUCUUUUAUUGAUACAAUUAAAGUGAUGCCAAAGAAUUGAUGAAAAAGAUUUUUAUACAAGUUUCAAUUGCCUCAAAUUUUUGUGUAUACUCUCAACUAAAAAGUAAUUUCUGUGUAUUAAUAAAUUCUUUCGAUUCAUAAA